AUGUCCAUGUUCAGCACUGGCAUCCUGGUGCUGACGUCUCCCCUCCACACACUUCCUCUGCGCAUCGCCCCAGUCCUCAGCUCGGCCGCUCAGCUCGUCGAACGCACCCUUUACGUCCACCUUCACCCUGGACUCAAUUUGGGCAAGGAGGGCCAAGCCAGACCGGUGUACAUCCCUCCUGUAGUGGACCUAUCCAAACUCAUCACACGUCUUUACAACAAUGCAGCAGACAUAUGCGGCCACCUGGAUGUGCGAGUUUUGCUUACGAAUGUUCGCGCCCAGUCAGCCACCAUCCCGAACUGUCCCUUUCCCUCGCCACAAGCUCUGGCACACUCUCCAGAUGUGGUACUAACAGACUUUCCUCUGCUGGAUACAAGUCAGACGCAUCAAGUAACUCAAUGUCUACAAAGUUACACAGGGCGCUGCUAUGUCUGCAGCCCCUCCAUGUCCUCGGUCUUGCUUCACCCACAGAUACAACAUUUGAACAGAGAAAGUGUGGACCAAAAGGUGCCGGAGGAGAGCGUGGAGCCGAUGAGAACGUACAACAAUGUGGUUGUAGGUGGGACUUUUGACCGACUACAUGGAGCCCACAGAACGCUGCUAAACAUAUCGUGCUUGUUGGCCAAUAGGAGGUUCCUUAUUGGUGUCUGUGACCAUGCAAUGCUAAAAAAGAAAGUGCUGAAGGAGCUGAUCGAGCCCUACUCUGUGCGAGUCCAAAAACUGCAGGCGUUUCUUAAGGACGUCAAGCCCUCUCUGGAGGUGCAGAUCGUGCCUCUUGAUGACCCAUUUGGAGUGUCAGUGGUAGACCCUCUGCUGGAGUGCAUUGUCGUCAGCGAGGAGACCAGGAGAGGGGGCGAGGCUGUCAACAAGAAACGUGUCGAGAAUGGUCUUCCGGCGCUUGUCCUGCAUGAAAUCCAGCUGCUGAAAGAUGCACACCACUCUGACAUUGAAGAGGAGAAAAUCAGCUCUUCCAGUUUCCGGACUCGGUUACUGGGGACACUCCUCUCACAACCUAGACCUGCACCGGAUCUCCCGCUCGCCCCAUAUGUGAUCGGUCUAACGGGGGGCAGUGGCAGUGGAAAGAGCUCCAUUGCCAAACGGUUGGAGGCGCUGGGUGCUGUCAAGAUCGACUGUGACAAACUGGGUCACGCGGUGUACCAGCCCGGGGCCACGGCCUACCAUCAAGUGCUGCAGGAGUUUGGCUCAGAUAUCCUCAGUGAAGAUAAAACUAUUGACAGACGUGCACUGGGAAAGAAAGUAUUUGGAAACCAGGAGCGUUUAAAAGCACUAACAAACAUCGUGUGGCCAGAAAUUGCCUUGUUGGUCAAAGAACGCAUCCAAAAGUCACGAGAGGAAGGAAAACAAGUCUGUGUGCUGGACGCCGCGGUUCUCCUGGAGGCGGGUUGGAACGAUAUGGUUCAUGAGGUCUGGGUCACGGUGAUCCCAGAGGAGGAGGCCGUGUCUCGGAUAACGGCGCGUGAUGGAGUGAGCGCAGAAGACGCACUGAGGAGGUUACACAGCCAGUGGUCAAACUCCAAACAGGUGCAAUACGCCAAUGUGGCUCUGACAACACUGUGGGAACCAGAAGUCACCCAAAAACAGGUUUUAAAAGCGUGGAAUUUACUCCAGAAACGAAUCCAGAAACUACAAGAGAAGUAG